AUGAUAAAUAACAAUGACAUACAAUUAACAAAUUAUAAUGAUAUAGUUAAACAAAUCUGCAACUAUCUAAAAGAUAUAUCAUCUUUUAAAGAAUUUAAGAAAUAUUGGAAUGUUGAAUAUACAAAUAUAAAAGAAAAGUCAAAUAAAACAGAUAGUAAUAAUGAAAACAAUAAAUUAAAAUUAAAAGAUUAUGUAGAAUCAUUUGUUAAAGAGAAGAUAUUUAAUAAUAGUAAUAAUAAUAGUAAUAAUAUUAAAGGUAUAACAUUUAAACUGGUUGCCGAAAUCGAUUUAAUUGGAAACAAUGAAUCUCUUUGGAUUAGAAUAUUACUUAGGCAUAGUAGUGGGGCGAAUAACAAUAUAAUUAAUAAUAGUAACAAUAUAAAUAAUAUAAAUAAUAUUAAUAAUAAUAUAAUCGAUUAUAAUAGUAACUAUUCAGUUAUAUAUAUAAAACAUUAUUUAAAUUCAGAAUAUUAUUUUAUUUCAUAUAGUAGCAGAAUCAACUUUGAUUUCCUUUUACAAUCACUCUCACUUGUAUUCAAUUACAAAUCAAUUAAAAACUAUAAUCUUUCUGAAAAUAGUUUGGACAUUAUAGAAAACUAUAUAUUCAAUAACAAAAGUAACAAUAAUGAUAAUGAUAAUGAUAAUAGUAAAUCAAUUUUUGAGAAUCCACUUUUAACAGUACCAUCACUCAAGAAAAGAAAUUACCAAUUGGUUUUAAAGUCAUCAGAAAGAUUACAGUCAUCAAAAGAAGAAGAGGAAGAAGAAUGGAAUAACGAUAAUAGAGUUACAGAUAAUUUAGAUAUGAAUUUAAAUUUAAAUUUAGAAAAAAAAAUUAAAUUAAUUAAUAACAAUGUUGAUAGCAAUAAUAAUAAUAAUAAUAAUAAUAAUAGUAAUAAUAAUAAUAAAAAUGAUAAAAUAAAUAAUUUUUCUCUUUUGAACAAUAAUACCAACAAAAAUAAUACUUUAGCCUCACACAUUUAUCAUGGAAAUCAACAAAGAAAAUUAGAAUUUAAUUUUAAAACACCUUUAAAAUCCAAAACCAUUAAUAAACUAUCACACAACCAAAUGGAAUCAUCAUCUCAUAAUAAUAAUAGCAAUACCAACAAUAAAUCAUUGUCCUCUCUUAAAAUAGAAAAAAUACCCAUCGAAUUCAAUCUGUUAUUUGAAGGUGAAAAUCCAGUCAAAGGUAUAGAGAAAUUAAUGUCUAUGAAUCUUAUUAAAAAACCAUAUCCAAGUUAUUUCAGUUCAAUGUCAAAAAAGAAUUCAAUAAUCGUAAAUGAAUUUAGCGAUAGUGACAGCGAUGAUGAUAUAUUUCCAGAAGAGGAUUGA